AUGUCUAAGCAUAAAUUGCCUAAGCAGAAAAUGUCUAAGCAGCAGGAAACAGAUUGUAAUAUGGGGGCAAUCGUUAAAUUCAUUCCAGAUUAUAAUCUUGAUGAACUCUGGGGGAUAAUCAUUUUUUCGGAAGUUUCACUAAAGGGAAAUCCACAAAAGCAAACAAAAAUUGAUGGAACAUUUACAACGCCUAUUGGAUUUGAAGGAUUAAAAACUAUAGAUGGGGAAUAUAUUUACACGAUAGAACUUUUUAAUGGAGAUAAAAAGGUUUAUGAUUUAACCGAACCGAUAUUUAAUGGAGCUGCAAUACACGGAAAUGAAUCUAAAAUAGCAAAUCUGACUAUUUGUGGACAAAAUUCAAUAAUUGGCAAAACAGUGGUUAUCAAAAGAGAUGAAGAAGAAAUAGCCACAGCGAACAUUGCAGGUUUAGGAACAUUUAAUGAAAUUUAA